AGAAGAGUGCAACUGAUUGCAGAGCACAGGAUGGGUAUCUCAUUUCUUCUGUUAAUUGUAGGGCUUUGCUGGGCACAGUACAACCCUAAUACUCUCCCUGGGAGGACAUCUGUUGUACAUCUCUUUGAGUGGCGCUGGGCAGAUAUUGCCCUUGAGUGUGAGCACUAUUUAGCUCCUCAUGGAUUUGGAGGAGUUCAGAUUUCACCUCCAAAUGAAAAUGUUAUUUCUGACCGGUGGCAACCCUGGUGGGAAAGAUACCAGCCCAUCAGCUAUAAGCUGUGCACACGAUCUGGAAAUGAAACUGAAUUUAGAGACAUGGUGACCAGAUGCAACAAUGUUGGAGUGUACGUUUAUGUGGACGCUGUAAUCAACCAUAUGUGUGGAACUAAUGCUGGUGCUGGCAACCACAGUACUUGUGGAAGCUAUUUCAAUGCAAAGACUGAAAGUUUUCCAGCUGUACCAUAUUCUGUCUGGGAUUUUAAUGAUGGUAAAUGUAAAUCUCGAAGUGGAGAUAUUGAGGAUUAUCAUGAUGUACGUCAGGUUCGGGACUGUCGCUUGUCUGGCCUUCUUGAUCUGGCCCUGGAGAAGGACUAUGUCCGCUCAAAAGUUGCUGAGUAUAUGAACCAUCUCAUAGAUAUUGGCGUAGCAGGCUUCCGAAUUGAUGCUGCCAAGCAUAUGUGGCCUCAAGAUGUGAAAGCAAUUUUAGGCAAGCUGAAAGAUCUAAACACUCAAUGGUUUUCUGCAGGAACUAAACCUUUCAUUUACCAGGAGGUAAUUGACUUGGGUGGAGAGCCGAUCACAGGCAGUCAGUACUUUGGAAACGGCCGAGUGACGGAAUUCAAAUACGGUGCCAAACUGGGGACGGUGAUCCGCAAGUGGAAUGGAGAAAAGAUGUCUUACUUAAAGAACUGGGGAGAAGGCUGGGGCUUAGUGCCUUCCAACAGAGCCCUGGUCUUUGUGGAUAAUCACGACAACCAGCGGGGGCACGGGGCCGGUGGGGCUUCCAUUCUGACCUUCUGGGACCCCAGGCUUUAUAAAAUGGCAGUUGGUUUCAUGCUCGCUCAUCCGUAUGGGUUCACACGUGUGAUGUCUAGUUUUCGCUGGCCAAGACAUUUUGUAAACGGAGAGGACGUCAAUAACUGGUUUGGACCACCAAGUAACUCAGACGGCUCAAUAAAGCCUGUUACCAUCAACGCAGACACUACCUGUGGCAACGACUGGGUUUGUGAACAUCGCUGGCGUCAAAUCAGGAACAUGGUUGUCUUCCGUAACGUGGUGAAUGGUCAGCCUUUCUCCAACUGGUGGGACAAUGGCAGCAACCAAGUAGCUUUUGGCCGUGGCAAUCAAGGCUUCAUUGUUUUCAAUAAUGAUGACUGGGAGCUGAACGUCAAUUUGCAAACUGGGCUGCCUGCUGGUACCUACUGUGACGUUAUUUCUGGAGAAAAGGAGUCCAACCGAUGCACUGGAAGUCAGGUGUAUGUUUCUGGGGAUGGAAUGGCUCAUUUCCAGAUUAGUAACCACGCUGAAGAUCCAUUCAUGGCAAUUCACGUUAAUGCCAAGUUGUAACUCGGGAGAAACCUCCUUCUCCGUUUGGUCUCUGCGUUACCGUUUCCCCCGUAGCUGGUGACUUCCUGGUAUUUGAGCAGGAGUGAUUCUCUGUAUCUAGUGAAUAAUAAAUGGCAAGCAAAUUGAA